AUGUCAGUGUCGAAAUAUGACAGAAUCUUCACAGAUUUAAGUCGGUUUGCACCACAUAUGGUUGAUACAGAUGCUCAUAGGGCAAGGAGGUUUGAGGAAGGACUAAAGGAUGGGCUACAUGAGCCGAUCAAACUUCUUAGGUUGCAAACUUAUGCUGAUAUACUAAAUGUGGCUUUGUUGUCCGAAGAAGAUCGGGCUAAAAGCAAAGCUAAGGCAGAAGGGCAGAAAAGGCAGACUACUUUCGUGCCAGUCAGGAAUCAGGGAGUCGGGGGUUCUUUUAAAAGGCAAAACAUGGGUACAUCGGGGUGGAGUCAAGGUGGAAGCAGUAGUAACAAUAGUGGUGGCUCUCGACCAUGUCCUAAAUGUGGAAGAGCGUAUAGAGGUCAGUGCUACAGGGAUACAGGGGCAUGCUUUAGGUAUGGGCAAAUAGGGCACUUGAUGAAAGAUUGUCCGGCCAUGACGAAGCCAAAUGUGAGAACACCAACUGCUACCACUAGUUCAGCACAGAGCUUAGGUACGAAACCGGCUAUGGGGAAGAAACAAGGCAAGGUCUUUGCUUUGGUUCCGGGAGACUCUCAAAAUGCAAAUUCAGUGGUGUCAGGUACACUUCAAAUUUGUGGGCAUUCAGCUUAUGUGCUUAUUGAUUCGGGAUCUACUCAUUCUUUUGUUUCUAUGCAAUUUGCUGCUAAGUUAACUAGACCACUUGAACCACUUGACCACGAAUUGCAUGUGUCACAACCUAUGGGUGGUAAUAUUGAAUGUUCUACUGUUUAUAAGGCUUGUGAUAUUUUAGUUGGAGGUGCGUAUUUGUUAGUUGAUUUAAUUCCUUUAAAUAUGGGUCAUUUUGAUGCUAUAUUGGGAAUGGACUGGUUGACCUCCAACUUUGCCACCAUAGAUUGUAUUGCUAAGACAGUAAUGAUUCAGAUACCAAAUGGCGUUGAUGUUACUUUUGAGGGGAAAGCAGUGGUUUCACCGCCUUACCUGAUAUCUGCUAUGCGGGCUCGUAAAUUGAUUGGUAAAGGGUGUCAGGGUUAUUUGUGA